AUGACCGAAAUAAUACCCGAACAACCAUCAUUUGUUUUACGUUAUAUUUUAUUUGUUUUAAAUACCGUUUUGUGGAUUAUUUCACUAGCAAUUUUUGGACUAGCCAUCUAUAUCAUGAUUGAAUCACAGUUGUUUGAUAAAAUAAAACAAUUAUUAAAAGCAAAUUCAACAUCAACUCCUGCUGUAACUCUCGUUCAACCGUUUUUAAUUAUUUUAAUUUCUUUUAUGAUUGUUAUUACUACAAUGUUAGGCUGUGUGGGCGCAUUAAGAGAAAAUACUUAUUUAUUAAUAUGGUAUAAACGAUUGAUAAUGGUAUUUUUUCUAGUAUUUAUCGUCGUCAUUAUUCUGGUUAUAGUUACAUGGACCAUGUUUACGGAUAAACAAAUACAUGAACCAUUAAGAGCAGCAAUCAAAUUUUAUCUAGAUGAUGAAGAUCUAACGGAUACAAUUAAUCAAGUACAACGUUCUUUUCAAUGUUGUGGCAUUGAUCGAGAGGGCAUUCAUAAUUGGCAAGAUAAUCGCUAUUUUGGGUGUAAAAAAUGGGAUAAUGCAACAACUGCUGAAGAAAUUCCGUUUGAUGCCUGUAGUGUGCCAUGGUCUUGUUGUAAUAUUCAAUCAAUAAAACCUGAUCGAACUUGUGGAAAAGGUGUUUUAUGUCAAGAAUGUUUAAUUAGAGACAUUGAAGAUGUUAUUGAUUAUCACCAACCAAUUCAUGAUAUUUGCGCAUGA